AUGGCGCGGGAAGAGCCUCUUCUGGCUCAACGCCCGUCCUCCGACCGAUCGUCGAUCCAAAAUGAGGAGGAAGAAGAAGCCCUCCUGACCGGACAACAAAUCACUCGCCAUAACGAACGACGGACUUGGGCUUCAUGGCGCGAGAUCGGAAUCUUUGCUUGGGCUUUGAUUGCCACAGUUUUGGUCAUUGUUCUGUCGGCGGUCUAUCAGCACAAGGCGGUCGAGACCCCUCAUCACGAGCAGUCGAAGAAUACGACCUGGGGACCCGGAGGAAAGCCAACGGGCAAGCGCAAUGUUAUCUUUAUGGUUUCUGAUGGCAUGGGUCCUACGAGUCUAUCUCUGACUCGUUCCUUCCGGCAAUAUCGUGAUGGUCUACCGGUUGACGACACUCUGCUCUUGGAUAAGCACCACAUUGGAACAUCACGGACACGGUCGACCUCUAGUUUGGUCACGGACUCGGCCGCUGGGGCUACUGCAUUCUCUUGUGGUCUCAAGAGUUAUAACGGUGCUAUUUCGGUGCUUCCCGACCACUCGCCGUGUGGAACCGUUCUUGAGGCUGCUGCGCUGGCAGGCUACAAGACGGGCCUGGUUGUAACGACCCGGCUUACUGAUGCAACUCCGGCAUGUUUUGCCUCUCAUGCUAAUUUGCGGCAGUAUGAAGAUCUCAUUGCCGUUCAGGAGGUCGGAGAGCACCCUCUCGGCCGGGUGGUGGAUCUUAUGCUUGGUGGUGGACGUUGUCACUUCCUGCCCAAGUCCGCGGAGGGAAGCUGCCGAGGUGACGAUCGCGAUCUGAUUGAUCUUGCCUCGGAGAAUGGGUUCACUACAAUUCAGAACCGUUCUGCAUUUGAUAGCCUCAAUGGUGGCGAGGACAUCAGUUUGCCGCUACUAGGUCUCUUCGCCCACGGAGAUAUUCCCUUCGAGAUUGACCGCCGUUCUCAGAACGAUAAGUAUCCCUCUCUAGAGGAAAUGUCCCGCACUGCCUUGAGGGCCUUGAGCAAGGCCACUGAGGACAGCGAGCAAGGGUUCUUUAUCAUGAUUGAGGGCUCUCGCAUCGAUCAUGCCGGUCACAACAAUGACCCGGCUGCCCAGGUGCAUGAGGUCUUGGCCUAUGACAAGGCCUUCGCUGCUGUGCUUGACUUCGUACAGAAUGAGUCUACUCCUACCGUCGUCGUGAGCACAUCCGACCACGAGACUGGUGGACUCUCUGCGGCACGACAGCUGACCAAGGCCUACCCCGAGUACGAGUGGCUUCCAGAGGUUCUGGAUAAAGCAACCCACUCGGGUGAAUAUGUCUACACCCAGCUGAAAGACCAUCUUGCUGGGGAAGGCAAGGAUGCCAGUGAAUCGGACAAAAAGUCUUGGGUCCGCAAACACCUCAUUGAAGAGGGUCUUGGCAUCACCGAUGCCACCGACGAGGAAGUGCACGCCUUACUCCAUCCAGAGCCUCAAGUCAGCCCACAAGAUCUGUUUACGGAUAUGGUCAGCCGUCGCGCUCAGGUGGGUUGGAGCACCCACGGUCAUUCCGCUGUCGACGUCAACAUCUAUGCGUCAUCUUCCAAGGACGCUUGGCCAUUGGUCGGCAACAACGAGAACACUGACGUCGGCUCUUUCCUCGCGGAAUAUCUAGAUCUCGAUGUCGCCAAGGUCACGCAGAUGCUCCGGGAUACCAAAUCUGGUAUCUGGAAUCCGUAUGACUGGAUGGGUGACCCCCUGGGCAUGGGCGUUCGCACCGAGGGACUGGACUCCUACCACGGGCAUUUCAAGAAGCGAUCCGAGGAUGACUGUGGAUGUGGCGGUGCCCACUGA